UUCAAACACUGGAUUUUGUAAACACGGAAAAGAAAACAUUAAUUUCAGGCGAUUUCCUGUACUAUGAGCUCAAAGUAUUAGCAUGUUUUAAGGCUAUUUGUCUGCAUGAUAAAUCUAUUCAUGUAGACUAAUUGAUUUUGUUGAUUAUGGUAUCGUAAACUGAUGGUGUAAUCCUCGCGAAUCGGCAAACUUGGCCAAGCGCCACAGGAGGUGUGAUCAAUUAAAGCAUUGUUUUGUUGUCAUUUGCUCUGUUGACGAGUAAAUACUCUGUGUCUUUUGUAGUUGAUAAGAGGAUAUUAAUUUCAAUUUAAUCACAAAUAAAUCAAACAUGGCUACUCCAAGACUGGGAACCAGAGGAAAACGCAUAUUGCCAAAUAUUCCACAUGUUAAUUUCAAUUCAGAAACAAUAGAGACUUCUAUAUGUGGAACACAAACACCAGGCAGACUUAAAGGCGACCCUUUAAGUCCAAUGAAUAGGCUUAGCAGUGACGAGACCUCAUUGAGGUCAGAAAAUUCUGUUUCAUCAAUUUUUGAUGGUGAAAGUGGGUGUGACCAAAGUAGGAAUACUUCAGAAAAUGUGACUCCAUUGCACAUUAAUUCGCUUGUGGAUACUAGUAAAGCUAAUGCAAAUGUGUCAGUUGCAAUUUCUGUCAAAACAGAUGCAUCCAGUAAUGAUUCUGAUAAAGAAAAUUUUGUUAACAGUCCAAGGGAAUCUAAAUGUGUGAUAGAUCGAACACCAGUUCGUGGAAAUUUUCAUUUGUUAAGUAACGGUUUAGAGGAUGUAGCUUCUUUGCAGUUUUAUUCGCCCAGCCCGAAUAUGAAAGUUCGCCAUGGAACUUCUGUUCGGAGGCAUACACUAGACGAAAAAUUGUUAGGAACACCUGAAUGUUACUCGUUUGUUCAUUUGGAUAAGAAUAGAUAUGAUUUUGGAUACAUAGAUGCAAGAACUGAUGAUGGUGAAGACAGCUGUAGUGUAACAGUGGCUGUCAGAGUUCGACCAUUCAGUCAAAGAGAAUUGGGAGAUCCAAAUGUACGCAAUGUUGUUACUAUGUGUGGUAACGAGACGAAAGUGAAGGCGGACAGUGGAUAUGAACACAGAUUCGCAUAUGAUUUCUCGUUUUCUUCGUUUGAUGUUGGCGAUCCUUAUUAUGUGUCCCAAGAGAAAGUCUACCGGUCCCUGGCGCAGCCUCUACUUGGCAAGGCAUUCGAGGGUUACAACACCUGCCUGUUUGCGUAUGGUCAGACUGGUUCAGGGAAAAGUUAUUGUAUAAUGGGACAUGGAGACGACACUGGUAUUAUACCUAGAUUUUGCGAGGAGCUUUUUUCACGUGCAGACGUAGCACGGGGCCUUGACAAGGUAAUUUUCAUGUCAGAGACUUAACAUUGGUUGGUUUGAAUACGCAGUGGAA